AACAAUUGUCCGCGUUUUAUCACAAAUUUGAGUCCAUCUUAGCCAAUUUUCAGUGGUUUUUGUUCGAUUCAACGCAUCGUGAUCGUUACGCAGUCUAUUGUGUGCAUCUUUUAAUUUAUAAACCCGCAUCAAUUGUUUCGCAUGUGGGGGUAAGAAUGAUGUGAGUGUACAGUGUACUCGCGAGAGUUGUCUGCUAUGAGUCAGCCACGGCCGCUGGAUCAGAUCAGUCUAGCGUCAGCCGCUCUCCUCUUUCGUGAACUUUGAAAGUAAAACUUUACAGUUGCAAACGAUUAGUGUCGCCUCCGCUCGGUUAAAAUGUGUUUCGAAAUCAAUUCGAUAAGCUCUCAGUCUGUCGAGGAUAUUCGUGAUAACACGGUUGGUGAAUGAUUCAGUGUUGUGUUUAGGUACGUGUGAUAAGUGGAUCAAAUUUUUUGUGCGUUUUAUAGUUUCGUGUGUAUGUUUUCAUCGUGGGAAUCCAACGUUUGUUUUAAAAAUAUAUUCCUGACGGUGUCCUCUUCGCAGGAUCCCAGCUCUUUCGUUCGCUAAGUUUUCAAGACUUUGUGCCCUACUCAGUGAGCUACCAAUCAGAUGUCUGGAUAUUUGUAAACAUGAGCUGAUACAUUUUGCUUUGGUCAUGAAAUGGAGCAAGUCUCCCUGCCGAUCCCGACCCCGCGCAAACUACCCCUCAGCCCGCCGGCCUCCAGCAGCCGCAUCUCCAAGAAACCCGUGCCUCUCCCGCGUACCACCGUAGCCAUCCCGGAGCCCCCUCAAUCCUCGCCCCCCAGCUCCCCCGACAUGGACUCCCUGACCCGGCGCAUCAAGUCGGCCUCCUCGAACGUCCAGCGGAAGCGCGAGGCCGUCGUCGAGGGCACCCGCCACGUCUCCUCCAAGAUCGAGAAGUCCGUCAAGAACAUGCUCAACAAGCGGCAGUCGGCCCUCAGCCGCCUCGACUCCUCCACGUCCCCGGAGGACUCGCCCGCGGGGGCGAAGGCUGAGCGGUGCACUUCGCUCCCCGCCGAGGAUAUCUUCCACUCCAUCAGCUUCAUGUCGCCCCUCGAUGCGCAGAAGUUCGACCACGAUGGGCUGAACUUGGACCGCUCGCCGUCGCUGGAUAGUCUGCCGCCUCCCGAGUACCCGCCUCCGCCCUUGCCAGACGAACUAUACGACGAGGUGACCUCCAACUACUCGGGGAGCCUCUCCUUCGGCGAGUCCUUCGAGGAGUCCGUCCUGCGGAGCUUGAGCAUGUGCGAAGGCAGCGAGUCCAACUUCUCGGACGAGAGCGAGCGCAAGGAGAAGGAACACGAGGCCUCGAAGAAAGCCGCGCGCUGCGACUCGUGGGCCUUCUACGGCACCGUCAACAUCGCCGCGAAGAAGCCGGAGCGCCGCGACUACGAGAACGUUGCCAUCACCCCGCAGCGCGUCGUCGACAACGUGUACACGACAACCCCUAGUCGUGUGUCCUUCUCCUCGACAGAAGUCACAGACUCGAGCGAGGACAAGCGCAGCGGGCGCGCCGAGAGCUACGAGGCGUCCGACUCCAGUAGCGAGGGCAAGAAGUCCGGUAGACCAGAGAGCUUCGCGAGUUCGGUGUCCAUCAGCAACGAUAUGUACGAUACUUGGGAGCCGCGACUACCAGCAAAGUGUCCGAUCCGACGGCCGUCCAAAUCGGUUAUCAUCGAGUUCGAUCCACUUUACGAGAAUGUCCCCCAAGACGAAGAAAGAAUACCAAGUGAGGGAAGUAGUGCUGAAGACUUCGCGUCGCUCCCGGAGGUGCCGGAGCGGGUGGAUUCCAUCUCGGAGUGUUCGCGGGACCUCCACCCGACGGUGGCGAAGGUGGAGGUGCGGGAGGUCGCCGAGGAGGCGGCCGUGGAGGACCCUACCGGUGCGGCCAAGAAGAAGUUGGUGCGUUGGACGAGUAUGAAGAAGGCCAUCAAGGCGGUCGCCGAGACGAAUUGGUCGCCCGGGCGGCGGGGGCGGAAGGGUGGUGACCCGCGGGACCGCCUCGAGAGGCCGCCGUUGGCGACCCUGUCCGCGUCGCCCCACUCGGGGCAGCUGUUCCGGUCGCCCUCCGGAGGGGAGAAGUCCAAGGACUUCGUGUCGAGGAAUUGUCAGUUGAGUGAGGGGAGGUUGUUCUACGGGAGUGAUAAGGGGGCGGUCAAGGAUUCCAUCGCGCUCGACUCCGUGCUCAGCUUGCAGAUGAUCUUGGACCGGAAGACCAGCGUUAACGGAGACGACAUCCAUUGUUUCGAGGUAUACGUGUCAAAGAGUCGGCCUCACAUGUUCGGGGCCUUGUGCACGACCGAGAGGCGAGUCUGGAUGCAGAAGAUACUUGAGUGUUUCACCACCGCCUUCCCUCUCAACUAUAGCGUCGAAUUCAUCCGGGCUGGCUGGUGUUAUCUCAAGGAAGGGGUCAGUGGCGACUGGGCGAGCGCCUGGAUUUUGUUAAGUAAACGAACUCUAGUCUACAAACUGGGCAAAGGCAGCAUUUGUGAAGUGGAUCUCCGAAAAGCAAGAUGCAUAAUGCUUCAAGAUGAGAGUGAAGGAACUGAAAGACUGACUGUAUCAGAACCAGGGCCUACGCUUUUGAUCGAUGCUCAAACUGUGUCCCUCUACCUACUCAUGGACACAGAUGCUGAAACAAACGCAUGGAAACACGUCAUCCGCACAGCAGCUGUAGACAACGGACCUCAUCUAGCCGAUCAGCAAUUGACGAAAGAUGAAAUACCAACCAUCAUAGACAAAUGUAUCAAUUUUAUUUAUGCCCACGGCAGUUUAUCUGAAGGGAUCUACCGACGUAGUGGGAGCAGUACUAACAUAACAAAGCUGCUUGCACAAUUUAGACAAGAUGCAUGGGGUGUCCAGCUAAGUCGGCAAGAAUACUCCGAGUACGAUGUUGCUGGAGUAUUGAAGCGAUUCUUUCGAGACCUACCAGAACCUCUUUUGUCCAAUCAGCUUCACAAGUUCCUCUGUAGUGCUACUGGUGUUGAUUGUAGCGAGGAGGAGAAAGUGGCCAUGUACCGUAGUCUUUUAGAAAAAUUAGCACCUGUGAAUUAUGUAACAACCCGCAGACUGAUAAGCCAUCUACAUUCCAUUCAUCUUCAGCAAGAGAGAAAUCUCAUGCCUGCUGAUAAUUUAGCAGCAAUUUGGGGACCUACGCUUAUGCAUGUUGAAUCAAAUGAAGUUCAAGAGUGGUUCAAACGAGAAUCAGAGGUUGUCUGUGAUCUUAUAACUCUUUACCCGAAGUUGUUUGAUGUGGAUGGCGAUGAGUUGGACCGAGAACGGAGGAUGAUGGAAGUGCUGGAACGGUAUCAUGAUACGCCACAAAGACAAAACAGGCCAUCCGGCGAUCUCAAAGUGUGGAUUUAUAUCAAUGGCAAAGACAGUGGUAGCUGUGUCAAUGUUACGAUUGAGCCAACCAAAGAUGCAAAUACCAUCUGCACUCAGUUAGCAGACCGCGUCGGUUUGCGGCCGGAGCAUUUGUGUCUGAUCGAAGUUAUUUGCGAUGGUGCAAUGCAAAGACCACUGCAUCACACAGAGAAAGUAUUGGAUGUAGUGCUCCGCUGGGGUUAUUGGGAUGAAGCUGACCGACGCGCCAAUUAUCUUGUCAUCACGAAAAAUGAGCUGUUUCAAGAAAUCGUUCCUUUGGCUAAGCCACCUCUUGCCAUGUGUGGUGAACUGCGGUUCGCUGACACAAAAUCUAAAUCUUUCAAAAGUUACCUCUUCGAAUUUAGUCAAGCCAGGCUUUGUUAUUACAAGGAUAAGAGGGGUUCAGUCAAACUAAAUGAGUGGCGAAUUGAAGACAUUGUCUGGUACAUAGGUUAUGAACCGAAGCGUAAUCCCCACACUAGGUGGGCGCUCACUUUCAUUGACAAAAAUAAGACUGUUAGAACGAAAGAAAAUCCUUUCUUUGGAUACACAAUAGCUGGGUUGAGUAAAGAAGAAGAACUGAAAUGGAUAGCAGCUUUAUUGUUGGGUGAACAUGCAGCAUGCAAUAUUCUGCCGCCAUCAACACUAAAUCUUUUGCAGUGAAGAGCGUUUUCAAAACAUCCGACAAUUUCAAUUCUGCAAUAAGGAGUACAUAUUUCUGUCCAAAAAAAAUGUAUCAUUGAACCGCACUAAGUUUGUCCCCAGUAUUUUUUUUUUUUUAAGUAAUCAUGUGCCAAAUCUUUCACGUACAAUGUUGUGUAACACUUUUCGUGAAAAUGAAAGCUGAAUUCCUGUUAAAUGGUUACAAAAUGUUCUAGAUCUUUACAAAUUGAUGUUCACUUUCAAGGUUUAUCUGAAAAUGAAAGCUAGCUUUAUGUACCAAAAAAUCCGAAGAAAGAGCCUCCAUCAGAUUUUAAACGAUGGAUCAAAUUCUUCACCCUUCGAAUCCCUUUUGUAGUAAGGUACAAGAGAAUGUAGUUCUACCUACAAAACGCUUUGAAUGUAUCUCAAUGAUUUUCAACGUUUAAAAUGUGUAAAAUAGGGCUUUUUUUCUCUUUCUUUUUUUUUGAAAAUUUUAAACUGCAGCUUUGCAUGAAGCUUUUAGACUUAAGAUCGUCUGCCCUUUGCUUUGAAUCUUGCCAAUAUGCUCCGUGUUAAAACAUCUAAGGUGAUUUUAAUACAAUCCAUAAAUAAUUAGGUAAAGUAAAAAUAUCUACAUUAGGGCAAAGGGAAACACUUUUUCCCCUGAAACAACUACUAAUGUGAUCAGAAAAAAUAGAAAAACAUACAAAUUCAGUUUUUAAAACUUGACCUCGAUCUGCGACUUUCUGUCUGUGACGGCUAAAAGAUUUGAGUUUUUUACUCCUGUGAUUGUAAUUAAAUUUUAUGUUUCACUAUUCAUAGUUACAAGUACCUACUUUGGUCACUAUUUUAUUGUUUAAAAUUAUACCUAAUUCCAACGGAGAUCUAUAACAAUUUUAAAAUAGAUAAUUGAGUAUCUACAUUUUACGAUACUUUUCUAUUUUUCUUUUACGCUUAGUUACCCAAAAAUCUUUACAAUUUUUAAUCCUGUUCUUGGUCUCAUUGCUGUCCGUGUAUCAUUCAUGUCUCCAUAAACUUGCAAUCAUUUUGUAACUGUUAAGUUUCCUGUGAGCAUUGUUCUGAACUCUAGAAUUGAGUCUAAAUAUAUUUUUAAAGCAAAAUCAAUCAAUCAAUUUUAACCAUCUCAAAUUCCAUUUUUAGGAAUAGAUUUAAUAAAGAAAUAGUUAAAGAAAAAAUAAAAUGGUACAAAACCCUUAAUUUGAUCUUAUGAUCAAUGUAUUUAAGUGCAUAGCUUCUUCUCCCUUUGAUGCACAAUGAUUCUUUAAUUUUGUCUAUUAUUUUUGUAUCAAAUAAAUUGUGAUUUGAUAUUUAAGAGCGGACGCACAGGCUAGAAAAAAGAUACAUAAGCAUGUAUACAGUGUACACAUUAUAAAUCAAUCAGGGAAGUAGCAUCUGAAUCUUCCCGGAUCAGCCAUCAUCUUGUAAGUUUCAAUUUCACAUCGGCAUAUAUUUUUUGUCUAUUUUUAAAUUAUUUAAUAUGGUCGAUGAAUGAAGUUAAUCUGUAUUAACAAAAAAUACAGUUAUAAUUUAUUUUAAUUAUCAAUUUUUGAGUAGCCUUUACUGGCAAUUCCCUGCUUGAUCCCCCCAGUCUCUUUACAGCCAGUCUAGCCUAGAUUGGAACCUGAGACCUUUUAGUCAUACGACCAACACUACAACCACCACACCCACAGGAAGUUAACUGGUCCUUGACUUUAUAUUACUGGUCCUGGUUUUAUUUUGUUGAAAGAUAAUUUACAAUAACUUUGUAUUCAUUCAAAAUUGUUGUACUUAAUGAGACUGCCAUUGAAUUUACUGUAUUUUUGUACAUCUCAAAUUAAUUUUCUCUUGUAAGUCGCCUCUUGGUAUUUUUGAGAGACUGAUGUUUAGGAAGUUACCUGCUGAUUUUGUCUUUCAAAUCGCCUCAUUUUUCAACCUCAUCCUGUCAAGUAUGAAUUAUCUUGAAAACAAGAAUUUUAGUUUCCCAAUCGUCCAUUUUAUUACAAAGAUUUGAACGUACUUCAGUUGUUGAUCAAAAAAUGUUUAUUGACUUCGUUAAGGAUUUUAGAAUAGAGGCACACAAAUAGCCCGCUGAUACUUCUUUAGUUAGCUGUUUCGCAAAUCAUACUGCUAGCUUUUUUCAUUCUCCGACACCCUUUACCUCAUUUUUAUCUAUUGAUCCUCUUUGAAUAAUUUUAUGGCCUCCCCAGUUUUUAUAGACUGUAUUUUCAAAUCAAUCUCGUAACCUUUGUUCAAUAAAUUUUUUACCUUUGUUUAAAAUGUGAAAUUUUUUGACAUAUUUUUAUUCUCAGUAAGUAAGUACUUUUCUCUUACAAUUGUAUAUUGUAUAUUACAAAAUUCGUUGUAUCUCCUCAAGUCAUGUAUUUUUCUUUGUUUAAAGUUUUACGGAACAGCUGUUAAUAUUGCAUGUUGUUAUAUCUAUUAAGUAUUCUAAUUCGCUCAGUAAUGAGCCUUUAGAGAAGGUUUGAAUUAAAGAACUAGCAAGAUUUUUUCUCUUCAAAAUCUCUCAAGGAAAAAACAAAUCUUACAACAGGAAGUCUGGAAAUCUACUCUCAAACAAGAAUCAAGCAUUUACAACACAUUAUCAGAAGAUAUAUUUUACUUUUGUCAAAUGAUAAAAAUACAAGUUACGUCAUUUGCAUCAUCUAACUUCCAUUAGAUCUGGUUUAAAAAUACUUGUGAGUAUCUUGUUCAGGAGUUUAAUUCUAAUCUUACUGUUGCAUGAUUGGUUUUCUACGCAAUAUUCUAAAGCAAAAACAAGUCGCUUUGUUUCUCCUCAUAAAAGUACAAUAGGAGCAGAAAUUUUGAAACACUGCAAUGAAGAUUCGUAAUCUGGCCUUUUGGCCAUCGACAUUACGGUUUUCUCUGGUUCAGACCUUGUCUAGUGGCCCAUUAUUGGAGCAACUUUAUUUUUGGACUGUUAAAUUUGUUUACUUUAGUUUUAAUUAAAUAUGAAUUAAAAAUCAUGUUGCCCUACAAUUAUUUGAGCAAACUUAUUUUUAGACUGAUCAAUUUUUUCAUUUCAGUCUCAAACAAACAUGAAGAAUCAUAACUAGCCUUGUUUAUAAAAUUUGGUCUGUGUCGUGUCGAUAAUUUACCAGUCCACAAAAAAUCCUUGCAUCCUCUCCACUCUUUAUUUGCAUUUGGAACUCAUGGUGUAUAGUAUUAAACAUUAGCCAUUCCAGCAAGUUAACGCUGUGAAACUCCAUUUACAUCCAUUGAAUCUAUCGAUUCAAGAUAAGACAGGCUGCCUCAUCUAGAAUCGAUUGUCUAACACCACAUUCGAAUGGAGCAAAAACAGUUUUCCAAACUUACAAGAAUCACCACUGGUAUGAGAUGUCCAUGCUAUCCACCUAUGCGUUACUAAGGAGAGUUACCUUUCAGUCAGUUUUUAAGGAAACAAAUGUUUUAAGUAAUGCAUUUUUUUGCGUGUGUACUUGAAUUUCAGUUACUUUUGACUGGUUCAUUAGUACUGAAACAUUUAAUUAAGCAUUUUUGGUAAUUAUUCCCCAAAAUUUAAGUGAUUGCCAAGUGUAUCCCUCAAGCUUGUUUUGGCAAAUUAUUUUCUUAAAAUUUUUUUUUGACCGCGUUUAAAGUGUCAUUUGUUAACUGAUGUUUAAGUCUUUUUCCAGUCUUCAGAUGCAGCACUUUGUGCUUUUAACUAUAAGUUGGUAUCAAGAUGGUAUUCGUUGCUUUCAAACUUAAAUUUUGAGCCAAUGCAGAAGUAUUGUUGACAAAAUUCCAAUUUUGUUGGGAUUGCAAUUGAAUGAAUUAAGAAUCCGUUCUGUAACAUUCCAUCAGCCGUUUCAAAUGAACAUAUGAAUUUUUAUGGUUUCAAUGCUGAUCUGAGGGCUGUUUUCUAUCCAUAACUGUAAGUUUUUCAUUCAUUUAUACAUGUUAUGAAAAAAGAUCUCUGUUAAAAAUCCUGAAUGAUAAUGUUUGUGAUUAUUUCACUGAAAAUAUUAUUUUUUAGAAAUUGUGAACCAGAUAUUAUCAACAUACCAUGUGGAUUUUAUUUUCAACUUCUCUUAACUCUUUGACCUCCUAAUCGAACCUUGCAAAUAUGAUUUUAUCUGUUAUAAUCGUUCCUUCUUUCUUAGAUCAUUCUUGUUAUUUUACCUUGAUAUGUCUAUUUUUCAUGUACAUAGACUAAUUUUGAUUCUACUUUUUUUUAAAAUAAAUCUUUUUCCUGGAAUUCC